UAUAGUUAGACAUGGGCAGCAUGAAAAGACGACAAUGCCCACAUAAAAAGCAUGAUUUGAAAUCAGAUUAUUGUGUACACAAUCAAUCUGCAAAAUGUUAAAUCAAGAAAAGGUGUAGUGUUGUGUUGGUUGGGUGGACCCAGUCAGAGAUUGGAUCCAACUUUGUGAUUGUAACAAGGGACCAACAAAGGACCACUGCUGAUUAGGUGUAAUCAGUGGCACCACAAGGAAGUUUUUCAAGAUAAACCACAUAAAGGAACAUGACAAACUAGCAAUCAAUACAAAUCCGACCCGUUACUGAACACAAAUCAUCACCACUUAAUUCACGUAAGGUCGAGUCAGCUAACUAUAGAGACCGUGUGCUAAUGAAUCAAAUUAAAACGUUAAAUACCCACCAAGAGAAAUGAACACGAAACCCUGUAUUAUGUUAACACAUUUCAGGAGAAGUUUUUUUUUCUAAAUUUGUGUUUCUUGAUGUUAUUGAGAUUUAGAGAACUUGAAGCAGGAUUCUCCACCUGAGAACAGCUAAAGUGGUAUACCCAAAGAUUUGGGAGACUUCUUUUCCUAAAAAUCUUAUCAUAUAUACUACUUUUCCCCCAACCUUCUUUUACUGUACCUUCCACUUCUCCUUUUAUCCUACAAAUUUCCUCUAUAUCUUCAACAUCUCAUUACCAUCUCUCUCAACCCACACACUCCUAAAAUGGUUCUGGCGGUUUCUCAUGCUGACAAAGAUGAUACAGCCGUGGAUUUCCGAGGAAACCCUGUGGAUAACUCUAAAACAGGUGGCUGGCUGGCGGCCGGACUCAUUUUAGGAACUGAGCUUUCGGAAAGAAUAUGUGUGAUGGGGAUAUCAAUGAAUUUGGUGACAUACCUGGUUGGAGACUUGCAUCUUUCCUCAUCAAAAUCUGCAAACACGGUGACAAAUUUCAUGGGAGCUCUCAAUAUUUUAGCCCUUUUUGGAGGAUUCUUGGCAGAUGCUAAACUUGGCCGAUACUUGACCAUUGCUAUAUUUGCAUCUAUAUGUGCUCUGGGGGUGACACUAUUGACACUGGCAACAACCAUUCCUAGCAUGAAGCCUCCUCAUUGUGAGAACCCCAGGAAACAACAAUGCAUAGAAGCCAGUGGAGGUCAACUAGCACUGCUUUACGCAGCUCUUUACACCAUAGCAUUAGGUGGUGGCGGCAUAAAGUCAAACGUUUCAGGAUUUGGGUCCGACCAAUUUGACAUUUCAGACCCUAAAGAGGAGAAGGCAAUGGUCUACUUCUUCAAUAGGUUCUACUUCUGCAUCAGUCUUGGCUCUCUUUUUGCAGUAACAGUAUUGGUGUAUAUACAAGACAAUGUGGGAAGAGGAUGGGGGUACGGAAUAUCGGCAGGGACUAUGAUUAUAGCUGUCCUUGUGCUGCUAUGCGGGACAGCUCUGUAUCGAUUCAAGAAACCCCAAGGGAGCCCACUAACCGUCAUAUGGAGGGUGGUGUUUUUGGCCAUAAAAAACAGAAGUCUCCCUCACCCUGAGAACCCUGCCCUCCUGAACGACUAUAACAACUCAAAAGUUCCACACACAAAGAAACUCAGGCGUCUUGACAAGGCUGCAAUACUAAAUGAUUAUGCAGCUUCAGACGAAAACAGAAGCAAUCCAUGGAUAGUUUCAACUGUAACACAAGUUGAAGAAGUGAAAAUGGUUGUAAGUCUCAUCCCUAUAUGGUCCACAUGUAUCCUCUUCUGGACAGUUUACUCUCAAAUGAACACGUUCACUAUUGAGCAAGCCACUCUCAUGAACCGAAAGGUUGCUGGCUUUAGUAUACCUGCAGGCUCUUUCUCCGUUUUCCUCUUCAUAUCAAUUCUCCUGUUUACCUCCCUUAAUGAAAGGGUAAUUGUUCGCAUUGCUCGUAAGAUCACCCAUGAUCCAAAAGGACUCAGAAGUCUUCAACGAGUUGGAAUUGGCCUUGUCCUCUCUGUGGUAGGGAUGAUUGCUUCUGCUAUCGUUGAGAAGAGAAGAAGGGACAUGCAUCACAAUCAAAUGACUGAAAUUUCAGCUUUCUGGCUAGUCCCUCAAUUUUUCUUGGUCGGUGCUGGUGAAGCUUUUGCUUAUGUUGGCCAGCUUGAAUUUUUUAUUAGAGAAGCACCAGAGAGGAUGAAGUCCAUGAGCACAGGGCUAUUCCUAAGUACUCUAGCUAUGGGGUACUUUAUGAGCAGCGUACUAGUGUCGUUGACAGACAUGGCAACCAAUGGGAGCUGGCUUAGAAAUAACUUGAACAAAGGCAGGUUGGAGAAAUUCUAUUGGUUGCUUGCGAUUCUGGGAGCAAUAAACUUUUUGGCUUUUCUUGUUUUAGCAUCAAAACACCAGUAUAAAGUGCAGAACUAUACUGGACCAAAUAAUGGUCAGGAGAAAGAGAUCGAGAAUUGGAAUAUUGAGAUGGUUGAUGACAUAGAGGCAAAGAAGGCAAACAUCGACAGGAAAGAAGAAGCUUAGUGCAUACUUUUCUAGAUACACUAGUAUAUUUUGGUGCUAGAUGUUUGGUGUUGCUUUUGAAUUAUUUCUAUAUGCUUUGUUGAUAUGUGACAUAUUACUACAUUCUCUUUCCUUGUAAUUUUCAUGCCCUGCAGCAUUCCUACAGAUGCAAUACUCCUAGAACAUUCAUUGUGCUAACUUGCACAAAAAUUUGAACCAAUUUUAAGCCCCA